GUCAUCUUGGCUAUUGGCGUGAAAUUUUACACCCGACGCAACAUUGUACGCGUGACAACGUCUUGGAAAUCUGCUUUUAUGGUCAGCUGUUCAGUUUUUUGGUUGGCUUACGUAUCUGUACAAGAUAUAGUCCAUUUUAGUUACUGACAAUUUGAUAAGUCGCUUUGUAUCAGGUUGAUCGUUGAUUAAACAGCUGCUUAGUGGUUCACUCGUGUUCCAAUAUCGUAAUUCGUGAUCUUCUGAAUACUAGUUCUACAGCGACAAUAACAUAGGAUUCAACAAUGAUCAGAGGAAUCGCAAGAUUUUUAUACAAAAAUAGUAUACGGAAAAUAUCUUCUAUUGCUAUGGUUCAGCCAUCUAAUACUCAGUUGCUACAUCGGGACCAAGACACCAGUUUAGAACUCGUGUUCUCGGAUGGAAAUAAUGAAGACUGGAAGUCGUUCUUGAACGUAUGCAUUACAGCAUAUCAAAAUGACGUAGUAUACAAGCAGAUGUAUCCGAAUGACAAGAAACGUCAUGAAUUUUUGAAAUAUUAUUUUGAGCACUACUACCGGUUUGCAUACAAGAAUGGACUUGGAAAACUUGCAUAUAUUCAGGCUGAAGAUCUUGUUAUCAAUAAUACAAGCAUGGUUGGAGGAUUGACAGUCGUCAAUGCUUGUGACUACAGCGAAAGGGAGGACCCACGAAUGAAAUGGAUUGAUAUGGAAGGAUGGAACAAGUAUAUCAGGCGUAAAAGAUGGUUGAACGACAAAGUUUUCAGAAGAUUUCAGAACAUUUCUUAUACGUUGGGUAGAAAAUUGGUCUACAUAUCAAGCGCCGUUCUAUUGGACCAAUAUCGAAGCAUGCUACCAUUUGGAAAUUGGGCCUCGCACUGUUCGGAACAAUUCAUUGAAUAUUCAUACGGAAAAGACUGGAAAGAUCGAACUCUCCCUUUUUUCAUCACGGACUACAGUUUUCUUGCGCUUCACCUUACUCGACACUCCUCUAAAAUAGUUCAAGUUUAUUAUUGCAAUGAUGGAAACUUCUUUGGGAAUAAGACGGAAAGGGGAACAAAGAAAGACUCGCUGAUAUGGGCUCUUGUGUUUGGCGUAGAUGACGAUGACACUAUCAAAUAUAUCACCGAACAAACAAGAGAUAAUGACUCUGUCGAUGUAACUAAUACUUGGUCGUUUAAGGAUCAGCUGGUUAGAUAGAUAGAUAGAUAGAUAAGGAUUUAUUUUCCGAAUAGAUCAAGAAAUGUAAAAUUACAAUAAAUGGAAAAGAACAAUUAUAGAAUAUAAUCGGGAGGGGCGGGCAAGACUGCAAGGUAAACUACGUCGACCGACCCCUAAAUCUCUCUCUCCCGUUACAUCUCGCCAGUUGGUUGUUCCAGUAGGUUAAAGCAAAAAUAUGUGCAUUAGUUCAAUUUUGAAGUUUUUUUUAAGUCUUACACUGAAUUGCAAGGCUGACGUUAUGCGUCUUCUUCACUCUAUUAUAUAUCAUCGUUCUUAAACUGAUUGAAACUAUUGACUCAAUUCCGCACGUUGUCGCACUAGGAUAAUGAAAAAUCGCCGAAAUUUUAAUUAUCGCUUGUAUUAAAACCGGUGUAGAGCUUUCUAGACUUGGUUUAAAAUUUUAAACCCGCGAGACCACCAAAAAUAGUUUUUUUCGAUCUAGAAUUUCUACAAUAACAAAAUUUGAAAACGGUGAAAGUUCGAUGAAAAUUAUUAGGAAUCGAAAACAAAAACGUGAUGCAGUGCGUUUCCUCAUGCAACGUCACUGCAGAUGUUAUUUUUCUCGACUCUUGAAAAAGUGAAUCAUUCUUCCUCUAGUGCGAUUUACACCAUUUACGUAUCAUGGAUUUCAAAUAAGUACAUAAUACAUAUAUAUAAGGUAUGUACUUCGUGUUAGUAUGUCCCUUUAUUGUACCCCCCGUAUACAUGUACAUAGUGUAAAGUAUUUCGAUUAUAUUCUUUCUAGAACAACUCCGCCUAUUUCUUCUAAAUUCGUCUCAUUCAAAUAUUAAUUAUUGUUUUGAUGAAAACAUUAUUAAAUAUUGCGGUUUAACCCAAUAUUGAUGUAUUUUUAUUAAUACUUCAAGCUUUAUAAAAUUCAAAAAAAUGUUUAAGAUCAGGCAAAAAUACAAUAUAAUCGAACGUUGCUUGUUUGUGGAAUGCUGGUCUAUAAAUCCGCUUUUUAUUAUGCUGAUGCGCUGUAAUUUACUUCAAAUAGGUAUUAAAUUUGUGUCAUAUUUGAAAAUUUUAUUCAAGUAAGAAGUUGUUUUCGUUGCUUACGUUAAAAUAGCCCAAAGGUAAGAUUAUCAUCGUAAUUUUAUAUAUACUGUUAGGAAAACCCGCUACAUUCACUAAACUUGUUUUAUACAGUCGAAUAUGACAUUCUUUAUUCUGUCAAUAAAGCAAUUUUCAAAUUUUAA